GUGGAGAUAAAUUGCAUUGCAGCCAAUUAAAAUUUAAAAAAAAAAAAGAAAAAAAAAAGGGAAAAAUGGCGUUGGUGUCUUCUCCUCCUUGUUCGCCUCGUCCUCCCCCAAAUCGCAGCUUCUACAGCACCGCCAUGGCCACCCAAUCCUCUUCCUUCGCCGGCUCUCUCCGGCGACCCAUUCGCCAUUGCCGGCUUCCAAUCACCGCCUCCCACCUCUGCACUCAUAGCCACACAUUCCCUUCCACAUUCGACCGGUCUUUGGUUACCAUCGACGAGGCUUUCUCCGACGACCAGCUUUGGGCCGCCGCUUGUCUCCGCGUCCGCUCAUUCUAUCACUUCCAGCCCAACUCGUUUGGUGUCCAAGAUCACAAAAGAUACUUGGCUGAGCGUGAGUUUGAAGCAUUAAAAGAACGUGUUGCAGGUAAAAGGACGGGCUUUAGAAGAGUUUCUUGCAUAAAUGCCACUGUUCCACUGUCACAUACAUCAAAGCUUUCGGAUGAAUUAUCUGCUGAAUGUAAGUUUUUAAGCAAUGGAGAGGAUCGAGUAGUAGUUGGGACCCUUGACCUUAACCAAUGUUUGAGACUUCCAGACGAGAUAACAGGAAGGAAACCUGAGGGAAUUGGAGCUGAUUUUGCUCGGGCAUACCUGAGCAAUGUAUGUGUUGCUGCAGAACUACAAAGAAAUGGGUUGGGUUAUGCACUUAUUGCAAAGUCAAAGUCAGUUGCUCAAGAAUGGGGUAUAAGUGAUCUAUAUGUGCAUGUAGCUAUUGACAAUGAGCCAGCAAAGAAUUUGUACAUGAAGAGUGGUUUCAUUUAUGAAAACGAUGAACCUGCAUGGCAAGCCAGGUUUCUGGAUCGACCAAGGAGGAUUCUUCUAUGGACCGGUCUACCUGGUGUGCAACUAUAGCCUUUAUGUUUCAUUAUGAAGUUAUUUUUACCAUGUGGCAUAAUUCAAUCCAAUUUAUUGUUCUCCUUGAAACGCUCUAGCGUCAGUUAGAUGCAUAGCAUACAAUAUACAUGUUCAUAGUAUGUCAAACAGAUGCUUUUUAUGUUUAUUAAAAAAUGAUGAGACAAAAUGUCUGCAUAUUUGGUCAGAAGAUAGCAUUGGAAUGUAAACUUCAGAAUUUCAUUGUAAUUAUUUGAUUGGAUAAUGGACAACAAUGCACAUUUCUUCC